AUGCUAGUUACCUCCCCAAAUGCUAGCAUGGAAACAGAAACAUUCAUCACUGUGGGAGCAGCCCUCCUGCUGCUUCUCUCGCUACGAUGGAUCGUAUAUCAACGUUUCCCGCUAUUGGUAUUACCGCGUACCUCUUUUUCAGCUCUGUUCAAGUCAGCGAUUGACAUUCCCCCCGAGGUCCUCUCUCGACAAAUCAUUGACACGUCAAAGAAAGGCCCUGUGGUACGGAUUGGGACUAAUGAGGUUGUCAUCACCGAUAACUCACUAGUCAGGUCACUCUAUGCGAGUUUCUCAAAAUGGCCAGAGUGGUAUGAAAGUCCUGAGGAUAAGCUAUUCUAUGGGCAAUUGUCACUUUUCGGGAUGACACACCCGAAGGAACAUAGUGCGCGACGACGGAUUCUCAGCAACGUAUUUUCAAAGUCUCUAAGAAACUCUCCACAUGUCAAGAAUGUGACUCGUGAGAUCUUGUUAGGCCGAAUGAUACGGGAAGCGGAAAUCCCUUCUGGUUCCUCCGUGGUUCGAAAUGUACGACCUGUGCAUGAAGCCUUUGAUAUGGAUUUCUUGACUGCAUUUGCCUUUACACCUACAUUCUCCACUAAUUUCUUGAAUGAUAGCGAUGAGUUCAACCAGUUCUGUUCAUGGGUUCGAGAGCUCCGAGGUGGCUCUCCAGAUGCUGGGAAAAGCGCCAAAUGCAAUCUGGAGAACUGGUGUCUAGAGAUGUGUCGUGCAUAUCGGGCUGCAAGUCUGUUACCCACACAUCAGACAAUUAGCCACUGCACUGCGGAGGCUCUGUAUAGUGCUGGAUUACAAGAGAGAGAGGUUGCGGCGGAAAUUCUGGACCACUUGAUAACGGCAAAGAAGAAUCUGGCUGUCGUGCAUACGUACAGUGUCUAUAUGCUUUCUAUCUACACUGACGUUCAAGAGCGGAUUCGAGAAGAGUUGAGAUCCCUUUCCCUCGAUACGCUUUCUAUCGAUGGUCUUGAUUCACUGCCAUUCUUCAAUGCCGUUGUGUCUGAAAUUAUGAGAACACACACGGAAGUCAAAGCAUUAACACCCCGCCAAGUGCCGGACGCGGGUUAUUUGAUCCCUCAGCAUAUCACAGGACAAUCCACCUUCCUUCCAGCUGGUACUGUUGUGAGCUCGACACGAGAGGCUUUGCAUUCGAAUGCAGAUAUCUUCCCUCAGCCAUUAUGUUUCUGGCCCGAAAGAUGGAUGGGAAGCAGCGAAUCAGUAAACCACAAGUUGGCUGGCAAAAUUCAGCCCCAGGAGCUGAGGAAUCACUUGUGGUAUUUUGGAAGUGGGACAUACGGAUGUGUCGCGCGAGAAUAUGCUCUUUAUGAAAUCAAAAUGCUCCUCGCAGCAACCUACAUGGAAUUUUCAACUAUCGUUGUCGACUGCCCAAAGGGUAUUGUAUAUGACGAGCGACAGGUACUCUUUCCACCCGCGGAGGUUCCCGUGCGAUUCCAAAAAGUGGUCUGA